AAAAUUGUCUAUGCCUUGCAUAUUUACGCUGUCUCGGUGACGCUGAACGCUGAAGUACAAACCAAAGUGAUUGUUUGUCAAACAAACGGUUGACACGGUGUUUUGAGAAUGUCGGAUUCUGAAAUAAACACUUACUUUGCAGGAAAUGGGACGUACAAAGCCAUAAACCCCAUAAUAUCGAAAGUCGGUGAUUUUACACCAUUUUACAUCGCCAUUGCUAUCUGCUCGGUGAUCUUCGGAUUUCUGCUCAUACUUAACAUCGUUUGCUGUUGUUCAAGAUACUCAGAUUACUGGCUGGAUAGACAUACAGGUAACCGCUGGAUUGUCUCCAUCUGGUCAGCGACACCACACAAGCAGCCUCCUCUGGACUUUACUGAACUCGAGAGCAACUAUUCUCAAGUCCAUUACGUCCACCCAUACCGUGACAACAGUUCAGACGGUCGUGGUGAUAUUCCUGGGCACAACAUUCCUUCAUCCAUAUCACAGCAGCCGCUUACGUCAUCCCAAGAAUACUUAGAGUUGCACAAAAGGGAGAGUGACAUAUAAACAUGGCUUUCCUUAUGUUAUAUCCUGCUGUUGCAGUUCUCAGUAUGUUUGUAUUAAUGGUUAUUAUAUUGAUUCUAAGAUUUGGAGCACAAUGGUGCAAGCUCCGCCACAAUACAAUACCUGAACAGGAUUAUUGGAAUGAGGAUGAUGCAUAUGAGCAAAAAGUAUCUUAUGCAUAGUUGUAUGACAGUGCCUUUCCCUCACAAUACAAAGUAGUUUAAGCAAUUAAUAUAGAUAGUAAGAGUAUUUUUUCAAGAUGCUUUCUUUUUAGCACUUUAGAAUAAAUAUUGGAAUUAUUAUGUAAAUUUCAUGUAUGUGCACAUUUUGUGAGAAUUAAUUGUAUCCGUCCAAAAUAAUGAUAUUAUAUUUACAUUUUACUCUCUUUUUUUAUUGUACUAGAAAUAGUGUUUAGAUGUAAGCCAUGGAAUGAUCUAACAAUGUAUGUAGUACUUUCAUUUAAAUAUUUUGAUAUUAUCUGACAGACUGUUAGAAUAUAUCAGUGAAUACCUAACGUAUUCACUGAUAUAUAUUAUCAUUAAGGUUUUUAUAUAUAAAACAUUUAUAAUUAAUUAUGUGACCAUUUAUUGCACUUGCUAUUGCAUUUAGUGCUAGAUAUUUGCCAGUUUAUCCGUCCAAUAAAUAACUAACUAUUAAAA